UGUUUACGGUCUCAUAGCGACAAACUUUUCUCUGCAGCAAGUCAACGUAUGAUAGCCUUUCAAACGGCCGAAUACGGAGGGAUCCUGUGCGUGCGCGCGUGAGAGAGGGAGGGCGAAGAGCCAAACAUGUCUUCGGACUAACUAGUUACUGGGUUUAUUUGCGCUUACCAACGUAAUUUCCGUAACCCAAUUAGACGUACAGCUCCGAUCCUCCUCCUCCGGCCUCUCCCCUUCGUGCGGUUGGCGCGCAUGAAGUCCCAUUCCCAGUCCAGUGUUUAUACCACGUUGGUCAUGAUCGCUACGGUAGGUGACGGUCUGAGAUAUUUAUACUUUGUUGAGCAACUCGGGUUAGUUGCUAAGGGCAGCAUUGCAGGGAAAGAGGUAGGGUAUGCUGCGAACUAUAGCUCUUGGCUAUAGAAGCCUCUUCCCUGGAGGUGUGGGUUGGGCCGCAUAGUGUUUCCUCGCUAUAACCAGGAUUGCGAGCACCAAGGGCUGCAGAUCCACGUUGACUUGCGCUGAGAUGGAAUGGAAUCUCAAGAGAGGGGUUACGACGAAAGCGACGUGGUGUCCUGUUCCCCGGUUCAACUUCCUGGUCACCUAGGGCAUUGGUUAGCCAAUGACUCCCCUGGUAGGAAGACAGGUAGCGUCGAUGGAUGAGAUAAGAUGUUGCAGAUGCUAGCGCGUAUACAAGACUCCAUUAUGAUGCAACCACAAGGGGACUAGUUGGAGUUAACUGAGGAGCUCAUCUUCUGACUUGCCUUUGCCCUGAUCUGACUUCUAACAGGCGUUGCUUGGAGUAUUUGCCCCCUCGGGAUAUCGUGGACAAAGAAGAACCACACAGCAUUUGCGC